GACAAUAGCGCACGGUUGUUAGCCUAGCCGAAAACAAAAAUAUUUAACAAAAAUAGUUUUAGUACAACAGACUAAAUUUGUUUGUAAAUUUAAUCCGUCAACAUAUUAACCACCGUAAAGAAUGGCCCACGCAACACCGCAGGGCGUUAAGCUACUGAAUGGCUUUAAGCGUCCCGGUCGCUUCGAGAAGGGGCUCGGGGCCCAGCUGCCAGAUGCCUAUAAGAAAUUCUGGCGUGAAUGGAAAUUAACAAAGCCAGCGGCGGUACAUUACAUACCCAAGGAGAGCGAGUGGGAGCGUGACGAGGUUACGCAUGCCAUCAAACCGAUACAAAGCAUACCGCUGCCCCUUAUCGAUACACCCGAAUCGCAUCAGGGCAUAUGGGGCGGCGAGGCUGUCAUCAAGGGGUUCCAAAAGCGCCAACAGACGAAGCGACGCGUGCCGCACUUUUGGGUGCCGACCCUGCGUCGCUCCGUGGUGCACAGCCUAGUGCUAAAUGAGUAUAUGUCGGUGGUGGUAACGGAGCGCACGCUGGAGCAGAUUCACGAAUGUCAUGGAUUUGAUCAUUAUCUGCUCAAAAAUUUGGCAUGUGAUUUGCGAUCGGCACUGGCUUUGAAACUGAAACGCGAGGUACUGAAGGCUCUGCAGCUGGGAUGUCCAGCCUUGGCAGCGGAACCCAAGCAUCAGAAAGAUGUGCUCAAGGAAUACAGUCCAUAUCUGGCAUCAUACACACCCGAGGAGAUCGAUUGGUAUGGCCACACCUAUAUCGAAGCCAUACGCAAGCUGCAGCAUCAACUGCGCGCAGCGGAACAGGUGCUACCGCAUAAGGUUGAGUUUCGUACUAAAUUGAUCGAACGACUGCGGGAGGCGGGCAUAACCGAAGCGGGCAAAAAGGAGCCAAAAGAUGCGAUUGCUAAUAGUGAGCACAAGGAUGCGGACAUUGAGGCAUUGACCAAGCUUGAAUCAUCGACCUCGUCUUCAAGCUGGCUGUCCAAGAUAAAUCCGUUUGGCAAGAAGGAAACGUAAAGGACGCUACAUUCAGUCAGCUACUAUUGGUUAUAUGUUGAACAUUUAAAAUUAAAACUUGUCUGGAACUCUUCAGUUCGUCCAAAUUGAUC